UCCUGCGGCACGAUGCCGUCCCUGCUGGUGCUGACUUUCUCCGCGUGCGUCCUGCUUGGCUGGGCGUUGCUAGCCGGCAGCGCGGGUGGCGGUGGCGGCGGCGGGCGCCGGGAGAGAGAGACGCUGCCACCGCAGAAGAUCGAGGUGCUGGUGCUGUUGCCCCAGGACGACUCAUACCUGUUCUCCUUGGCCCGGGUGCGGCCGGCCAUCGAAUACGCGCUGCGCAGCGUGGAGGGCAACGGGACCGAGCAGCGUCUUCUGCCAGCCGGCACUCACUUUCAGGUGGCCUACGAAGACUCAGACUGCGGCAACCGCGCACUCUUCAGCCUGGUGGACCGCGUGGCAGCGGCGCGGGGCGCCAAGCCCGACCUCAUCCUCGGGCCGGUGUGCGAAUACGCGGCGGCGCCGGUGGCCCGGCUUGCGUCUCACUGGGACCUGCCCAUGCUGUCGGCCGGGGCACUGGCCGCGGGCUUCCAGCACAAGGACACGGAAUACUCGCACCUCACGCGCGUGUCGCCCGCGUAUGCCAAGAUGGGCGAGAUGAUGCUCGCCCUGUUCCGUCACCACCAGUGGAGCCGCGCCGCACUGGUCUACAGCGACGACAAGCUGGAGCGGAACUGCUACUUCACCCUCGAGGGGGUCCACGAGGUCUUCCAGGAGGAGGGUUUGCACACAUCCGCUUACAGUUUCGAUGACACCAAAGACUUGGACUUGGACGACAUCGUGCGCUAUAUCCAGGCCAGUGAGCGAGUGGUGAUCAUGUGUGCGAGCAGCGACACCGUCCGGGCCAUCAUGCUGGCGGCGCACAGACACGGGAUGACCAGCGGGGACUACGCCUUCUUCAACAUCGAACUCUUCAACAGCUCCUCCUACGGAGAUGGCUCGUGGAAGAGAGGAGACAAACACGACUUUGAAGCUAAGCAGGCAUACUCAUCCCUCCAAACAAUCACUCUACUGAGGACAGUGAAACCCGAGUUUGAGAAGUUUUCCAUGGAGGUGAAAAGUUCUGUGGAGAAACAAGGGCUCAAUGAGGAGGAUUACGUUAACAUGUUUGUUGAAGGGUUCCAUGAUGCCAUUCUCCUCUACGUCCUGGCUUUGCAUGAAGUACUCAGAGCUGGUUAUAGCAAGAAGGAUGGAGGGAAAAUUAUCCAGCAGACUUGGAACAGAACAUUUGAAGGCAUCGCCGGACAGGUGUCCAUAGACACCAACGGAGACCGCUACGGGGACUUCUCCGUGAUUGCCAUGACUGACGCGGACGCAGGCACCCAGGAGGUUAUUGGCGAUUACUUUGGAAAAGAAGGUCGUUUUGAAAUGCGGCCCAACGUCAAAUACCCGUGGGGGCCUUUAAAGCUGAGAAUCGAUGAAACCAGAAUGGUGGAGCACACAAGCAGCCCUCCUUGCAAAUCAUCAGGUGGCCUAGAAGAAUCAGCGGUGACAGGAAUUGUUGUGGGCGCCUUACUAGGAGCUGGCUUGCUAAUGGCUUUCUACUUUUUCAGGAAGAAAUACAGAAUAACCAUUGAGAGACGAAACCAGCAAGAAGAAAGUAACGUUGGAAAACAUCGGGAGUUGCGGGAAGAUUCCAUCAGAUCCCAUUUUUCGGUGGCUUAAAAGGAAGGCCUUUCUUUCGGCCUGAGAUUCCUUGAGGAGAUUGAUGGGAUAAAAGACAUGAAUGGAACAGAAGGGGUGCUCUUGAAGAACUCACUCUUUUAAGCAUUUAGUCAUUUCAUUGUAAAAUUUCUUUAGAAGCUCAGGAACUAUUAUUAAUCAUCAUAUGCCUUCCAGCCUUUCAUCUCAUGACAAAUAUCAGAAUACAAUGUCACUCUGUUAAUCAUUCACACUGUUUCAAGGGCAUAUGAUUCGAUUUAUGUUUUGAGAAUUGGAUGUCUCCCUAUCUUGAUGGCUUUUGGGGGCAUGUCACACAAGGCUAUAAAAUGUGGUUUUCUUAAAUGAAAUGUUUUAUAGCGAGAAUAAAAUCAUUUUUACAAGUAGAAUAUUCUUAGAAGGAAUUUGACACCCGGGAAGAGGAGCACGUAAGAAACAUCUCAAGGUUGGAAAUACGCCGCUCCUUUGUCUGGUGCCGGCCAGCCGAGGAGGAGAGGACAGCCCCGCGCUGCGCGUACAUCCAGGCCCUGGCUUCCUACCUGGAGAAAGGAUCCCUGUCUCCUCCUGUGUCUCCUCCUGUGUCUCGUAAAAGCUGCUCUGGACAGUUGUAACUGUUACCGAGAUAAGAAGAUUUAUGCAAGAAAAGCAAAGCUAAAAUGUUUCAUUUUUUUUAAAAUGUAAAAAAAAGGCCU